CAAAUAACAUGGUACAAACUUAAAAAGAACAAUAAAUUUUUUGCUGGUCAUUUACUAAUAUUUUGAAUAUGUAGUAGCAUAAACUCGUCGAGAGGAUUCCAACUCGUCAACCGACAAAGGGGUUUGUGAAGUUGGCGCAACAAAAAUGGAGCAUUAGGGUAAGGAUGGUCGUUGCUUCAAUUGCGUUGAGAGGUACACCGUUGCGCACCAGUGUGCCAAGGGCCAUCAGAUGUUGUUGGUGGGAAUCUGAUAGAUGAAGGCGAGGAGGUCGUAGUCUAGGAUGCGAAGGACCCUGGUAAGAAGGAAGACGGUCAACCUUGAGGGCAAGUUUGGUCUCAAGGGGGAUGGAUUGUUAGAAAAAAAAAAGUUUCUAACUCUUUUUUCAUUUUGGACUUAAUUAUUAUUUAUUUAUGUUUUAUGGAUUUUGGAUGUUAUUUGGAGAUUUUUGGAACUAUUUGCAUGAUUUUAGCUAGGAGAUAUUAUUAGGGGGUUGUUAUAGGAAAUUCAUCGGCUUAUGUAGAUUUAGUAUUAGUGGGGUUUUCUCAUUAAGUAAUAACAGAUCAACUAUUCACUAAACCUAAUCUAUCUUCUCUCUCAACCCAAAAAUAUUCAUCUUCCUCUACCUUAGCCGUCGGCCCUCUCCUCUCAUAUGAGACCCAAUUUCUUUAUUUUCCUAUCCCAAAAUUAUUUCUUCUUUCUCCCAUCAAAUCCCUGAUUAUGUUCCAAUUCCCAGUUACCUAACGACUCCCUAUAUUCCGAUCACUAAACUACACUCCUAGAUUCGUAACUCUUACACCAGACCUCGCUCCAGACCCCCCCAAACUGGCCAUCGUGAGGCGGGCAGUCGACCACGCCAUAAAACUUCCACUGAUUGAGAAUAAAAUUUUGUCUCCUCCCUCGCCAUCUGCCGACAAUGGCAUCCCCAUUUGGAUUAUGGUGGAACUUAGGGCUAGGAUGUUGGAAACGAUGGAUCAGCAUGGGAUCGACGCUCCUUCCACAGAAAGACUCCACAUGUCAAUCCUCCUGAACUCCCUACGACACAAACACAAGGCAAAACCCGAGGGCAAAGUACCUAAGGUGAGGGCUUUUGCAGCUGGAACACCCUCUAGUGGUGCAACAACUCGAAGUUUAUGGUUAUGGCUUUUAAUUGCUUCCACCAGCUGUCCCUCGAUCCUCUCUUCUUCCAGUCACUCUUGUUUUCCUUUAAGAAAAAGGGUUAAUACCUUAUUCUGGCCCGAAGUAUGACCAUAUAAUCAACUUUGACCCGUGGUUUCAGAAAUUAACAUCCUAGCCUGACUAUGCAGCAUAUAGACUCAAUUGGCAGGACGUGUGGUUGACCAUCAAUUUGGAUGGCAAACACUGUUGACUAACGGUCAACGAUCCAACUCACUGCCAUGUCAGCUCCAAAUAAAUAAAUUCUAAUUUUAAUUUAUUUUCCAUAUUUUUUUAUCUAAUAAUAAAAUGAUUCUUGUAAAUUUUCAAACAAAUGAAAUAUUCUAGUCCCUUCUCCAAAACUCUUCCGUUGAAAUCCCUUCCCCCUGAUUUUCAACAGGCUCCACAACUCUUUGCCGCUCGCCGUCUUUUGGCUUUCUCCAUCUUCCUUUCCCCCCUCCACAACUCUCCGCCGCCCGCCGCCUUCUGCACAAACCCAACAAUCGGAGAUUGCUUCCCCUGAUUUUCAGAGCAAAAUCGAAUAAUACUAAAAAAGAUUCCCUCUCUUCUAUCUUAAGGAAAUCGUCGGAUCUGAGCCCAUGGCAGGUUUUACUCGUCCCUAACCCAGAGAUCCUUCCAUUGGCGAUUGUAAGUGGCAGGCUUCUCGAGUGCAGCCCAUUUCAGGGCUUCUUUGUCGUUUUCCUCCCUUGAAGAAGCAGAGAACAACUCUGAUUGGUUGCUCCGCCACACGGAAGAUGUUCCUCCCACACACUUUUGCACUAGAGAUGAUGGGUUUGGUUCUUGAGGUUUCCCAGAAGAAUGGAGGAGGAGGUGGUGGUGGUGGUGGUGGUGUAUUGUUGUUCAAGGUGGGAGGGACAAUGGUGAGGUGUGCUUCUGUUUGAUUCGAGUGAGAAAAAUCAAGGGGAAGGGAUUUCCAGCGGAAGAGUUAUUAGGGAAGGGGAUUAGAAUUUUCAUUUGUUUACAAUUUAAAAUAAUUAUUUUAUUAUUAGAUGAAAAAUAUGAAAAAUGAAUUAAAAUUAGAAUUUUUUAUUUAUUUGGAGCUGAUAUGAUAUGGCAGUGAGCUGGACUUCACUGUCCAAAUUGACUGUCAAACCACGCAUCCGGCCAAUUGAGUCUAUAUGCUGCAUAGUUAAGGCCAAGAUGGUAAUUUCUGAAACCACAGGCCACAGUUAAUUAUAUGGUCAUACUUCGGGUCAGAGUAAAGUAUUAACCCUAACCAAAAUCAAAUUUCUUCCUCGUGCAAGUUACAUUUCUUCUUCGUGAAACUAAAGCAUUAUUCUUUAUAAUCUCGAUGAAAAAGAAAUCAAUUGAGUUUUCAUUGUCCAGCCUUUUAUCGUUGAAAGGCGACGAACAAGUGAUCAUCAAAAUUGUCCAACCUAGAAAUUUCAAAUGGUGUUAGAGUUUUUUUUUCGGAGGAGUGGUGCUUGUUUAUUUCAUCUUUAAAAUAUGCAUUAGUAUUUAAAUGACCAAAUAUAUAAAUAACAUAUUUGUGGGUGUACAGGUACCCGCCCGACAUCCGUGGGUAUGGGCAUGGUAAGAAAUUAGUAACCAUUUCAUCAUAUGGUACCCUGACUAAUCAUUAUCUAUGUAACAUAUUCAAUACAGCCCACCGUCAACGGAGAUCCCCACGGGCUUGGGGAUGUGGUGUACCACAAAGGCUACAUUGGUAGGAAUGAUAUGUCGAGCACCAGGCCCCACCACGAGCACCUCCAACUCCGGCCGGACCACACGGCCACCAGCUUGAAACGAGAGCAUCCUCAAUGCCUUGUAAAAGUUUCUUUGCCUGUCAACCCCGAAUCUAUAUGAAAUUUCAGUCACCGCUAGGUCAAAGUAUAGGAGACGAUUCGCUUCAAGAAUCUCGCUGAUAGGGCGGAGGGCUUGGUUGACUUUGUAGAGUGAACGCCGAAAAGGAUGGAGAAGCUCGGCAGCUUGCGAUAAGAGACCAGUGAUAUUGUGGUGUGCUUUUAUAAAAUUGUGGUCUACUUUAUGAAAUUUCUGGUAUGCCUCGGUGAACUUGUGAUCUAAUUUAAUAAACUUGUGGUGUGCUUUUAUAAACUUUUGGUUUGCUUUAAUGAACUUGUGGCAUGCUUUACUGAAUUUGUGGUAUGUUUUUUUAUAUUUCUGGUAUACUUCAGAGAAUUUGUGGUAUGCUUUAAGAAAUUUGUUGUAUACUUUACAUUUUUUUUUUUUUUUUGCAUUUGUGGUGUAGUUUGUGACUAUUUUUCCAAUGAAUGGAUGAGCUCUUAUUCAUCUUAUACGAUCAAUACAACGAUAUCUACAAAACCUGUACAAUACCUAACAGGUACAAAAUAAGGUUUUUCAACAAUGAGAAAGGCCAAUACAAGCAAUGUACAACCCCCUUCCUAACUAAGAAGGCCAUUAACAAACAUACUAACUUCCUAGUCCAUUAUACCACAAGUUUUUUUUUUUUUUUUGGAUGUUGCAUAUGCAAAUGUCUAAUCACCCUAUUCUUUAUCCUCCAUUACACCUUGCAUCUUCACAGCUAAGGCCUCCACUGUCAGUGUCUUCUUUCCAUAAAGUCUUCUGCAACGCUCGCGCCAAACGUCACUCAUCAACAAGCACCACAACACUCUCCCCAAUGGCAUUUUCCAGUCUACGUGUUGCUGCCUCUUCUGCCAGUUGCAGGUUACUUUGCAUAUGGAAUUUCCAGCUCACUAGGAAGACUGUUUGCCAGAUACCCUACACAAAGUCACAUAAGAAGAACAUAUGUUCUCUGGUUUCCUCUGCUAUACCACACAGAGCGCACAUAGUAUUUACUUCAGGACACUAUUUUUUCACAAUGGCUAAGGUGGUAACCCAACCAAAACCAAUUAGUAUACGCCAAGUGAGUAAAGAGUUCUUUGGGAUGCCAUUUUCCAGACUAGCUUUAACCAUGCUACAACAUCCUGCCUAGGACUAAUGCAGUGCCACACUUUGCUUAUAUUGAAUCUUCCCAUCCGUUCUCCUUCCCAUUCCACCCCCUGGUUUGUUAGUUGUAGCUUCCCUUCAGAUAAUCCUCUUAGCUUGAGAAUUUUAUUCCACGCCUACGAACCUCGAGUUCAAACUUCCCAUAUACUAAGAUUCUGGAGUCUGUACUCCUUCAACCAAGAUAUCCACAACAUCUCUAGGUCUGAAAGCACCCCCAGAUGUGCCUAGCUAGAAAGUCUACGUUCCAAGAGCAUUGAUCUUUUAAACCUAGGCCUCCUUCCUCGCAAGGAAGAGCAAUAGUCUUCCAGGUGACCUUAGCCGUCUUUUUCUUCUCUAAGUCACUCCAUAGGAAUUGGGAGCAGAGCUUUUCAAUUUUCUUUAUUACCUUCUUUGGGAGAAAGAUGCCAUUCAUCCAAAACUAUGUGUUGUUGGUAAGUACUGCUGUCACAAGUUCAAGAUUUCCUGCAUACGAUAAGAGCUUAGGUUUCCAACCCUGUAUCCUGCUUGCAAUUCUUUCUACCAAUGAUUUACAAUCUUCCGACGAGGAUAUAUAACAGGCAAAACUCCCUUCCUGAACCUUGAGCUUCUAAUUAAAUCUUCCUUCCACCCAUCUGAAACACACACACACACUAUAGAUCUCACUUUUGCCGGAGUUGAAUUUCAACCAUGAGAUAAGAUAAAACUUCUAUAGUAUCUCUGCCACCAAAAACACACCCUCUACUAAACCCCGUAUAUCUUUGGCGAAGCACAAGUGAGUUAGUCCUAUUCUACCACAUUGGGAAUGGUAAGGUAAUACAGACCUAGAUGCUGCCCUAUUAAGCAUACAACUUAGGACUUCCAUACUUACAACAAACAAGUAUGGGAGGGCAACCUUGCAUCAAUCCUUUCUACGCCUGAACAAUUUCCUACAAGACUACCAUUCAUGCAUACAGUAAAGUUAGCCUACUCAAGACAACCCCUAGUCCAUUUCAUAAAAUUUUUAGGGAAACCCAUUGCAAGUAGAGAACGGUUCAGGAAAUCCCAAUAAACCCUAUCAAAGUCCAUCAUAAUAUCUAUCUUAAGGGCACAUCUAGCACAGUUUAUGACUAUUGUGGUGUGGUGACAUUGUGAUAUGUUUUCUACUUUGUGGUUUUUUGUAUUUGUGAUUUGUAUUUGGCGAUCCCCACAAUUACUAUACAUACAUGCGUAUCUCCAUUUCAAUUUUUCAUUAAUGAUCAACAUGCCCCUCUCCUCAUUAAUUAUGGUAAACUAAUUUAAAUUAAAAAGUCAUCUAAAUAAAAUAUUUCUACUGGUUAGAACUAGUGUUAGCAUGAUGCUAACAAAAAAUGUGUUAGCCCCUACCUCUUCCCUUUGUUAGAUAGUUCCAUAUUAAAAAAAUUUCCUAUUUUGGGCUAGCCAUGGAGGGAGUCACAAUAAAUAUACUAAAGGGUCAUUUGGAAGUUGUGUAUGUAAAUCUUUAUAUUCUAAUUUUUUCACUAUAAUUUAAGUAUAUCAUUAGUAAAUAGAUGCAUUUUAACAAUACAUUGUUUGAUUGUAGAGAUUCUAGUUCAUGGAUUGAUUUGCAUAAAGUUGUUGUAUGGGUAAAUGUAAAUUUUACCCUCUACUUUUAAUACAAAAUAAAAACUACUAGAGAUGUAAAUGGAAAGAAAAAGUAGACAAAAAUCUAAAACAAAUAGUCACAACAAUCUUAGAUUUUAGUUGAGCUCAUAUAAUAAUUUUUUUUUGGUCAUUAAUGGUGGGACAUAGAAAAAAUAAUAGUUUUACAUUUUAACACUUUCAAAUAUUGCAUUGUGUGCAAUACAUAUAUUCAAUAAAUACAAUUCUGACAA